UGAUCUGUCAGUUCUUCUGCAGAUGAGCAGUUCUACAUACUAUGGUAUCUGCAGGUCACUUGAGCUGAGGGAGCUGAUUGAGAGAUCAAUCGGUGAAGUUGUUUUAGCGCUAGCUGGUGGACCGAGCUUGCCAUUUGUAGGUUGCAGCUGUGUCCCUGCGAACAGGAGGCAUGAGUCAGUCAGUCAGUCAUCAUUGCAGCUACCACCAUCAUCGACGACAUGCCUGUCGUCCAGUUCGCGCCCUUUUCGUCCCUUGUUCAGCCAGGCUUUUGGCAUGAACUUACUCGCAUGAAGAUAGAUGUCCUUCGUCUCUCAGAAGACGCUAUUACCGUGAAUGGAUCAUACUCUGUUGGUCGAUCAAUCAGAGAUCGCGAAACAGGGCAAGAUAUUGCUCUUGGAUGUAACCUCACAGUUGGGGAAGACGCUUACCAGAAGGCACCUCAGUUGUCACCCAUGUCCGUCCAAGCCACUGGCGUCUUCAAGAACUUCAAUACUAUCGAGGACUUUAAGGCUGCAGAUAAGGCUGCACUUGUGAAUGACGUUGUUUCCAAGAUCUGGGACAGCAUCAUCACGACAAAAGACACGUCUCUCCUCACGCAGUUCUUACUAAUAACAUUCGCUGAUCUAAAGAAGUAUCAGUACUUCUACUGGUUCGCGUUCCCCGCGUUCGUGUCCAAACCAGCCUGGCAGAUCUCAGAAAAUGGCUGGAAGUCAGCGGACGAAGAGAUCCAGGGGGAGAUCGGCGGGAUAACUGAAGUGGGGUCAAUAGAGCAAUAUGAAGAGUUCUUCGCUAGGUAUCCAUCUGCUCUUCCUGAAAACCCAGGUUGGCCUCUUCGUAACCUCUUGACCUUCCUUCGCGCGGUGUAUCCAUCGCAAACAUCUUCUGUCCGAGUUCUUUGCUGGAGAGAUAGCGAAAAACCCAUUACCGGAAAACCAUGGCGGAGCCGGUUUGGAGUGGUCUCCGUCGGAGAAGGAGAUCCAACCACCAAACCCAGUGCUAUAGGAUGGGAGCGCCAUCCGACAACCAACAAGCUCAGUGCUCGAGUCGCCGAUCUAGCACCCAUGAUGGAUCCAAAGAGGCUCGCUGAUCAAGCUGUGGACCUGAACUUGAAGUUGAUGCGCUGGCGGAUUUUACCUUCGCUGGACCUCGAUAAGGUGGCAUCAACAAGAUGCCUGCUUCUCGGCGCCGGGACACUUGGCUGCUACGUUGCACGUACCCUCAUGGGAUGGGGUGUCCGUACGAUUACUUUCGUUGAUUCUGCGCGUGUGUCAUUCUCGAAUCCCGUCCGCCAACCCUUGUUUGAAUUCGAGGAUUGUCUCAACGGCGGUAAACCCAAGGCCGCUUGCGCCGCCCAGCGCCUGACGAAAAUCUUCCCCGGUAUCAAUGCCACUGGCCAUGAUAUGUCGAUACCCAUGCCAGGCCACCCUAUACCCCCAGCGUCCACUGAGCAAGCGAAGAAAGACGUUGAGCGUCUAGAGACGCUGUUCGACGAACACGAUGUUGUAUUCCUCUUAAUGGAUUCUAGAGAAAGCCGCUGGCUGCCAACUGUUUUGGGCGCUGCCAAGGGCAAGAUAGUCCUUAACGCUGCCCUUGGGUUCGAUACGUACCUUGUCAUGCGUCAUGGCGCUCGAGCGUCGUCGUCGACGGGCAAUCGACUAGGUUGCUAUUACUGCAACGAUAUCGUCGCUCCUGCUGAUUCCUUGACGGAUCGCACUCUGGAUCAAAUGUGUACCGUGACAAGACCCGGCCUUGCCUCGAUCGCAGCUUCUACGGCGGUCGAACUCCUUGUCUCUUUGCUGCAACAUCCUGAUGGGCUUCAUGCACCCCCGCCCCCUGCUCAAGCCAAUGGAGCUGCUGCAGACCCUAGCACAUCAGGCAGUGUUCUGGGUCUUGUCCCGCAUCAAUUGCGUGGGUUCUUGGCACAGUUCCGAAACCUCCCGAUCACAGGUGCAGCAUACGACAAGUGCACGGGUUGCAGCGAAACAGUUCUCAAAGCGUAUGAGGAACAGGGCUUCAAUAUGCUCUUGAAGGCAUUCAACGAGCCCGGAUUCCUUGAAAAGUUGACCGGACUGGACGAGCUCUAUAACGAAGGUGAUGCAGCGAUGGAGAGUGUAGACUGGGACGAGGAGGAUGAGGAGGACGAGUAGAUUCUAAUGUCCAAUGUAACACACUGGUUUUCUGUAAUUCUACGACUACUGGACUAUUCCUGUACUUGUCUUGUGUUCUUUUUACGACGUUGCGAUGUGGUACUACAACUUGCUCUGUAAAGGUAUUUCAUUGCCAUGGGGCUGGCCCAGAUA